GUUUUAUUAGUUGGGUUAGUUGGACAAGUAGGAGGAAGUGAAUUUAUGAUAUCCGAGUCGGAUACCUGCAGAAGACGCUUCGCGUAAAAUAACUUCGCGUUUAUAUUUUAAGGAAGGUUCAUUAUGGCGGCGCAAGAAGACACGCGUAUAGACGUUUUAGUAGAGAAACUGAUGGGUGUUGCUGAAAAAGUGCGGCGUAUAACUGGUCCUGCUAAACAGCAGUGGAUGAACCUUAGGCAUAACGAAAGCUGUGUGUCCAUAGAAAAGCUGUUUGAUGAUAUGGAGAAUGUUGUGAAGUCGGCUAAAAAAGAAACACAAAGACAGCAGAUCAAGGUUAUCAGGACUUUUGAGGAAAGGUGGAGUAUAUUGGGAGAGACGAACACAGUCUUCGAUAAGAAACUAAAGGAGCGAUACGGCGAAAAUUCGUCACUCAAGAAAAAGAAUAAAAAACUCACGGAAGACAACAAAAGAUACAGUAUUGAGCUCAUGGAACUUAAAGCUCUUAGAACAGCGAACCAUCAGUUGGAACAGAGAUUGUCCCAGCUUGAGAUCGAUAAGGCACGUCUUUUACAGAACUUUCUGCAAGAAAAAAGCAGAGAAAGAGGACGCAUUAACCCGGCAUUGAUUCCUAACGAGGUUGAUUCCAAUUUGCGGGCCUACUACGACAAAUGUGUGGAAGUGUGUUGGUUGGCUGCGGUCCAAGAAACACCACUUUUCAUGAAUUUCAACACGAGUGUGCUAUUUGACGAAACGCUAUUCGAAUACUUCACUGUGCGAGGCACUUUUGUGGCGUUCCUGGUAUGGACUGCCCUGCAUGUGAAUGAGACUGGGCCAAUUAUGAGCAAAGGAGUAGCACAAGGGAGUCUAGCUAGAACAACAGUCUAAAGGACAGCUUUGAAAAGAUACGAGCCCCAUUCGCAAUUUUGGAGCCUACUGUGACUGUAAAUGCAGACGUAAGAUCAGCGUUUGUAGGUUAUAUGUUACCAAUGUCUUGGUGCCUACAACUACGUUUAUGAAUGCGUCUAUACAUCGAUUAAAAGAAAUACAUGAUGUGUGAUGUGCGAAUGUGUUUGGGAAUUUCGAAAUAGUAUAUUACUCCAAAAUCAGUUUCUUGUUUUAUAUUGUGUAAACAGUUGGUGCAAAAUAUUUGUUAUAAUUAUUGAUUCGAAUUCGAUUUCCUUCUUGUGCAUUACAUAAUCGAGUGAAUUUAUAUUUUUUGCAUCGUAAUUGUGAACUUUUGUGUACUAGUUGUCAUUGAUUUCUAGGAAAAUACCUUGCUGUUAUAAAGAUUGUUUUCGUACGGUAUGGUUGAUGUUACACAAACGUUUCUCUAAAUUGAAGUAAC